GAGAAGGACUGCCAACAUGAAGUUAAAGGUAGGCGCUUUGAUUUUAUACUUACUAUUCGUGGAAGUUCUUGGCUAUGGAGGCGGACAUGGAAGUGGAUUUGGAAUUGGCUAUGGAGGUGGACUGGGAAAAAGUUUAGAAGGUUACAAUGGUGGAGCAGGUGGAGCCGGUGGUGGAGGAGAUUAUGGCGGUGGUUUUGGACAAGGUGCAGGUGGUGGUAAGGGAAGUUCAGGAGGACUUGGGCUUGGAAUAGGCAUCGGAGCAGGCUCAGGUGGAAAACAGUUAGGAUUAGGAAUUGGCAUAGGUGGAGGAGUGGGAGGUGGGCAAGGAACAUUGGGAUAUGAAGGAGGACAAGGAGGUGGUUUUGGUGGAGGACAAGGAGGAGGUUUUGGAAGUGGGCAAGCAGAAGGUUUUGGAGGUAGUCGAGGAGGUGGAUUCGGAGGUGGACAAGGAGGUGGAUUUGGAGGUGGACAAGGAGGUGGAUUUGGAGGUGGACAAGGAGGUGGAUUCGGUGGCGGACAAGGAGAUGGAUUUGAGGGUGGACAAGGUGGUGGACUAGGCGGUGGAUUCGGAGGCGGACAAGGAGGUGGAUUUGGAGGUGGAAUCGGAGGCGGACAAGGAGGUGGACUGGGAGGUGAACAACAAGGUGGAUUUGGAGGUAGUCUAGGAGGAGGUUUUGGAGGUGGACAAGAAGGUUUUGGAGGUGGCCGAGGAAGUGGAUUCGGAGGUGGUCAAGGAGGCGGAUUCGGAGGUGGUCAAGGAGGCGGAUUCGGAGGUGGUCAAGCAGGUGGAUUUGGAGGUGGUCAAGGAGGCGGAUUCGGAGGUGGUCAAGGAGGUGGAUUUGGCGCAGGAAACGGAUUUUAUUAAAAAUGUGAUAAUUAGAAUACUUAUUUAUUUUAUUUGAACAUUUGCAAAAACUUUAUUUCAAUUCCUCUCAUUUACGAGAAAAUUGAUUUUAUAUUUUAUUUCCUUAUAAUCUAUAAUUUCUGUUUUACAAAGCAGUUACCUUAAAAACAAUGUUUUAAUGAUAAUAUAAAUAUUAAUUACUAUAUAAUUUAUUUACAUUUUUAUUAACUUUUAUUAUAUCAAGUCAUCCAAAAUAUAAACUACGUUGAAAACAUUGUCCGGUUUGAGAAUUGAGUCAUAUUUGCUUGUUAGAAUAUUAUUUAUAGUAAGGUACCUGCUACAAAUGAGGCGCAUGUUAAUUUCAAUAACUAUUAUUUCACUUGCAGGUGCGCUAAAAUUAAAAGCAAUUUUCUGUCUGUAAUUAUCAUUUUUUGCUAUUUAAAGUACUGAAACAUAUGGGAUUCUUAAAAAGCAAAAAAGUCCUAAUUUUGCAUAGAAAUUAAUAUACAGUGUAGGAAAGUACCGAUGGUCUAUCAGAAGUUACGUGAG